AUGGAACCAGAGCUUACAAGCCAGAAGAGGAGCGUCGAGAGCGUUGAAGACAUCGCUAAGGAUCCUGCUGACCCUGUCUCUCGGAAGACGCGUAAGGUUAGUCGCGCCUGUGACUUUUGCAAGUCCAGAAAGGCAAAAUGCAGCGGUGACCAACCAUGCGCAAAAUGCAUCUCAAGAGGCCGAGUAUGUUUGUAUGAAGCAAAGUAUACUCGCGGCGGUGGCAGACAUUCUCUGAACGAGACCUUCGCCAUCGCUAAUGCUGUGUCCUUCAUAUCAAAUGCUGGUACAACUCCCACAUCUCCGGAGCUUGGGAUGGCGGAAAUUCAAGGCCAGGUCUUUGAUCCAACAUCAAGUUUGGCUUUUCUUCAUCGAGCAUCAAGGCGCCUCUCUGCUCACGGGAGUAGCCAGGGAGCCGACGAUUCCCGAUUAUUGGCAGAGAACCAAUUGAUGUAUAUGGCUGGAGACAAACCAUUGGCAGUUGAAAGCGAGGGUGCUCAACAGCAGCCUUGUCUACCUGAUCCAGAGGAAGCUAGGGACCUUUUGACUCUAUACUUCGAUGUCUGUAUCGCGACUUAUCGCAUUCUGCAUCGUCCUUCCACAGAAGACUGGCUGAGCAUUAUGGAGGGCAACUUAAAAGAAAGACUGGCUGUAUGGCACGGUAUUGGCCAUACCAAAGCCGCCAUUAUAUACGUAAUGCUUGCAAUUGCCAAGUUCCAUCAGGAAAAGUCCAAAGGGCUCCCUGCCAGGGACUGUCAGGCCCUUCGUCUAGGCGAUGUUUUCUUCCGCUUCUCGAUGCGACUUACAGAUCAGGAAACAGGGUUUCCCAAGCUAGAGUCUGCACAAGUCCGCAUCGUCCAAGUAUUAUACUUGCUCACAACCUCUCGCUUCAAUCAGAGCUGGUAUAUAUUUGGAAACGCACUGCAGCUUAUAUCCGCGCUUGGUUUGCAGCGACGUGCAGAUUGGAGGAGACGGCAAAAGUCAACCGAUUAUAUCGAGAAGCAAUGCUCCCUCAGAACCUUUUGGACCGCGUAUGUCCUUGAUAACUAUCUGGGAGUUGUGUUUGGACGGCCGCGUCAUUUUCACGAUGAUUACAUCGAUCAAGAACUACCAGAUCGAAUCAAUGACGAAGACAUGUCGGUAGAUGGCCCUGUUGGUGAUCCUGAUGAUCGUCGUGGGUGUCAUACUGAUGCUCUAUUUUUCCAUGCACGCAUUGCCAAGAUAAUUGGAGCCGUCUCGCAAGAAAUGUAUACAGCCAAGCAUACCUCUGAGAUCGAGAGGAUAGCCGCUGCCAAAGGCUUAACGCAACGCAUUCAAGAGUGGCAUCAAAGUCUACCGCCUCAUCUAGGCGCCGUUCAUCCUUCCAUAUUGAUUCCCAGCUAUCGAAGACCUGCGUUGGCGCUUGGCCUGGCUCACUCGCAUGCUGUCAUGCACGCCAAUCGGCUCUUUCUGAUGCGCUCUCCAGCAUCUGCCUAUAUCACUCAAGUGAGCGACUGCAUCAAAGCCGCCAAAGAUGUGCUGGAAUCGGUGGAUACUAUGGCACGCGGAAGUCCAAUCUUCCAUGCUUUCUGGUGGACUCAUUAUGUGACAUUUUGCGCACUUGUGGUGACUUAUGUAUGGGUGAUGCAGCAGCAUCGCAUGGGAGCUACCGACGACCCUGGUUACAGAACGAGGUUAAUGCAGUUGGCGGAGAGUUGCCAUGGCCACCUUGCACGAGCGACCGCUUCAAACUCGCCCAGUCGACGGUAUGCAGUUAUUCUAGAAGGCUUUAGAGCUGCUGCAAUGAACCAGUCAACUCCGCAGCACUCGAAAACGCACUAUACCACGCCGAAAGAGCAGCAAGGUGAUCAGAACUUGGCCACUCCGAUGCUAGAUACUGAAGACAGAGCAAUCUUCCACCCCGUUGCUCAGAGCAACCUGGCGACGGAAAUGCCUACUUUCCUGGACUGGCAACUAACUGAUUGGCUCGAUUUAGACUCAUCCGCUUUUUGGCCGAGUUUCAAUUUGGAUGAAGUAGUAAUAUCACCAGAUGGAACUCAAGCGGGACAUGAACAGAAUUAUACUACAUAA